CAUAUGUCAGGCGUUUAUCUUGAUAAAUUCAAGGAACGAGACUAUCUUCCUUCUUUCAAGGUCUAACUACGGGUCCCGAGAGACUAGGCUUUUAUCGGACGCCUGACUAUAUACUAAAAUCAGUCACGAUCGAGGUAUACUUCCUGGCACGAGACCUCGCUUCUGGGAGAUGAAGGUAAGAUGACGUUCAUGUGGUCUUCCUGUUAUCUCUAGAAGAGUAUUUAUCUCUAUCGUCUCUUGUGAUAUGCUUGGUACUUUCGUUGAUACCCAACCAUGGAUUUCGACCUUGUCGCUCGCAAUGGUACCAUCGUGACUGCCUCAGAUAUUUGGGAGUCUUGUGAUAUUGGUGUCAAAGAUGGAACUAUUGUCGCUGUUGGUCCUCGUCUUCCAGUCACACCCGGUGCGCAAGAGAUCGACGCUGAAGGGGCUUUUAUAACUCCUGGAGGAGUCGACUGCCAUGUCCAUCUGAGCCAGGCUGGUAUAUACGAAGCAGCCGUCGACGUGAAUAUUGAUCGCUCUGUAAUUACGAAUGGGGCCAUCCCAGAUCGCGAAAACUAUGUCGGUGACACGUACGACACCGGCACGCGCAGUGCGGUAGCUGGAGGAACAACAACAGUAGUUACGUUCGCUUCUCAAAUGAAGAAGGACGAGAGUAUCAUUCCUGUCAUUGAGGACUAUCAUAAGCUCGCCAAGGGCCAGUCCUACUGCGACUACGCUUUCCACGUCAUCAUCUCCAAUCCGACGCCACAAAUCGUGGAAGAUGAAUUUCCGCGUAUGGUCGACGAGUAUGGAAUUACGAGUGUGAAGCUGUAUAUGACAUACAAGCCCUUGAAACUUCAAGACUAUCAGAUUCUCGACGUCAUGUAUUCCGCUCGGAAACUUGGUAUCACCACUAUGGUGCACGCCGAGAAUACCGAUAUUAUCGACUGGAUGACACAGCAUCUCGAGCAGAAGCUCAUGACGCAUCCUCAUCACCAUGGCACAUCUCGACCUCCGAUCGUAGAGGCUGAAGCGACGAACCGCGUGAUCUGUCUGGCUGAGCUCAUGGAUACGCCGAUCCUGUUGGUACACAUAUCCGGCGGGCCUGCCACGAAGCACAUCCGCGAUGCACAAACGAGGCUCCUUCCUAUCUACGGCGAAACGUGUCCCCAGUACAUGUUCCUUCUUGCCGAUUCCAUGCGGCAGGGGGACUUCGAAGGUGCGAAGUGCGUAUGCUCACCUCCGGUUCGAGAGGACAAGUGCGACCAAGAUGCCAUAUGGGCCGGGAUAAAGAAUGGAACGUUCACCAUCGUUUCUUCAGACCACUCCCCUACCAAGUACCACCAUCCAGAUGGAAAGCAGCGCGGUCUCCAACACGGGAACCUUCCAUACGGCAAAUUCCGUUUCAUCCCGAACGGUCUACCUGGUGUGGAGACUCGUGUUCCGCUUCUAUUCUCCGGCGGCGUCCUUUCUGGGCGCAUCUCCCCACAGAAGUUCGUUGAGGUAACAUCGACCAACCCGGCUAAGCUAUACGGAUUGAAGAAAAAGGGUAGCAUCGCCCCUGGCUUCGACGCUGACCUGGUAAUCUGGUACCCACAAGCGAAGUUCCAGUCAUUCAAUCUCACGAACGAUAUGCUGCACCAUGCUAUCGACUAUACGCCAUUUGAGGGCAUCGAGUUCAAAAAUUGGCCGAGGUACACGAUUAUCAGGGGUAAGGUGGUGUUCAGCCAUGGGGAGGUCGUUGGGGAGAUGGGGUACGGUCAGUUUAUUCGGAGGGAGAAGAGUCUACUUCCGGGACCAAGAGAUGUUUGGUUGACCGAAUGGCGACCCUGAGGUUGGGCGUAUG